AUGGAUGACCUAGCUAAGAAAAGACGCGUACGAGGUGGGCAAAGGUCGUCUACGAAGAAGCUUGUGGCAAAGAUAGUCGAAGCGAUCGCUAAGUUAAGCGAUGAGAGUCCAGAGAAAGACGUCGUGUGGCUGAAACAGAGUCAAAGCUCCUUGAAGGAAAAGCUCAAAGUCUUAAGAGAACUUGACACGAAAAUCAUCGAUGCCCUGAGCGAGUCGAAAGAAGAAGCGGCGGAUGAAUUGAUGGCAAAGGAGAUAGAAGAAGCAGACGAAGUAAUCGCAGAACUUGAACGCCUUUUACUUGAAAUGGACAACGCGUUCGGUAAAUUAGAAUUGACAACGACAAAACCCGUGGCGAUCAAUGACAAUGAGAUGCUGAACGAAAGCCAAACAUCGGUUGAAAGCACGGGCAAAAUCAUAAGAGCAAAGUUACCAAAGUUACGGUUGAAAAACUUUGGGGGGAAAAUUUGCGAAUGGCCAGAGUUCUGGGACAGUUUUUCGAGUUCGAUCGAUAACAAUGAUCAAUUGUCGGACGUAGACAAAUUUGCAUAUCUACGCGGAUACCUUGAAGGGCCGGCAAAAUCGACCAUCGCUGGUCUGUCAUUAACAGCAAGGAAUUAUCAGUGCGCGGUGGAUCUGCUUAAGAAACGAUUCGAGAAAAGAAGUGCAAUUCAACGCACACAUAUGAAUGACCUCAUUCAACUGCCUGCGGUUUUUAGAGAAAGGGACACUCAAAGGCUGCGGAAGUUAUAUGACAGCUGCGAAGCGCACAACCGCGCGUUGAAAUCCUUAGGCGUGGGAGAAGAAUCGUAUUCCACUAUUGUUGUACCGGCCAUAUUGGAGAAGAUGCCUGAACAAUUUCGGCUUAUGAUCACCCGAGGAACUGAUUUCAUUGAGUGGACGAUGCAAGAAAUGUUGGAUGCGUUUGAGAAGGAGUUAGAACUGCGAGAGGCGCACGAAGCGGUGGCGACUAAAACGGAACGGGAGUAUGAAAGAAAUCAAAGCAGGAAACCAACUGGGGGUCUAGAUAACGCGACAGAGGCGGCGUUGCUGGCUGGUCAAGAGAAAAAGAGUUGUGCAUUCUGUUUAAAGAACCACGCGCACGAAGAAUGUGAUGGAGUCAAGGAUCCAAAAACACGUAAGACCCUAGCUUUAAAGUAUGGUAGAUGUUUUCAAUGUUUAAUUAAGGGCCAUAGAGCCAGUAAUUGUAGUUCUAAAAUUAAGUGUCGAAAAUGCGACCGAAUGCAUCAUGUCGCCCUAUGUGAUGCGUCUCUGAAAGACGAAGAGACCUGUAAGAAUGAAGAAAUCCCAUCAACUAAGGUUAACAAUAAUGUAGCUAGCCCAUGUAAUAACUUGCUUGCCGGGACAGGUGGUCUGGUUGCCUUGCAAACUGCGCGCGGGGUAUUAACGGGUGAGAGGGUGGCUAAGGUCCGGGUACUCUUUGAUGGGGGAAGUCAUCGCUCUUUCGUUACAUCGCAUGCAGCGAGUCUUGUUAAUCCACGGGGUUUAAGAAGGGAAUUUCUAGGCAUUAAUACGUUCGGUCAAAAGUGCACGAAGGCUGAACAAAGGGAAGUGGUCGAGCUUAAACUUCAGCCUGUUAAUGGGGAUAAGAUUAUCUCAAUAGAAGCAUAUGUGGUACCAGAAAUUUGCACUGUGCAGAAUAGUCACGUAGAAUUAGCUAGAAAGAAUUAUUCGCAUCUAGAGGGGGUAUGGUUCUCAGAUGUGGUGAAUUUUCAGGAAGAAUUAGAGGUAGACGUUUUGAUAGGGGCAGACUAUCUUUGGAAUUUCCAAACAGGUGAGACAAAGAAAGGUAAGACAGGGGAGCCCGUAGCUAUACAAACUGAGUUGGGAUGGGUGUUGUCAGGACCUCUUAAGGGAAGAGAGAUAGAAGGUGCUGGAGUGACUCAGGUGAACUUUGUGGGGCAGACAACGAAAUGGGAUAGAGAUAGCUUAGAAAGUAAUGUGGAAAAACUUUGGAGUUUUGAAGGAUUGGGUAUAAUUGAAGAGGACACAGUUCAUGAAACAUUUCUUGAUGGAAUAUCAUUCACAGGUAAUCGAUACUCAGUAAAACUGCCCUGGAAGGAGGAUCAUGACAAUCUUCCAGACAAUUACAUGAAUAGUCUUGCUAGAAUGAAAAGCCAGUUGAAACGACUGGAAAAGGAGCCAGAAUUGUUGAAAGAGUACGAUAGGAUAAUAAGAGAUCAGGCAGAGCAGGGAAUCAUAGAGCAGGUACCAAGUCUUGAGAAAGCAGGCAAAGUUCAUUAUCUACCUCACCAAGCAGUAAUUCGUAAAGAUGCAGUGACAACUAAGGUACGCAUAGUAUAUGACGCGUCCUUGAAAGGAAUAAAAUCUAAAACAUCACUUAACGACUGUUUGCAUGUUGGACCAUCGCUCAAUCCAUUGCUUUACAGUAUAUUGUUACGUUUCAGAGAAAAUAGAGUAGCAUUAGUAGCAGACAUCGAAAAGGCAUUUUUAAAUGUAGAGGUAGACAAGGAAGACCGAGACUCUCUGAGGUUUUUAUGGGUGAAUGAGAUUGCAAGCAGCGAUAGGGAGGUAAUGGUUUACAGAUUUUGCCGUGUAGUAUUCGGAUUAAACUCAUCGCCAUUUUUACUCAAUGCCACCUUGAGGCAUCAUGUCUCAAAGUACAAAGAAAUAGACCCAGAGUUUGUAUGUAAGGUUCUUGAAAGCUUUUAUGUGGAUGACCUGGUCAGUGGAGAGAGAAGUGAAGGAAAAGCAUUUAAGUUGUAUGAGAAUACAAAGACUAGGAUGGCAGAAGGAGGGUUUAAUCUAAGGAAAUGGCUAACAAAUAGCAAAGCAUUGAGUGACCAGAUUGAUCGGAAAGAGAGAGGGAUAGAUAAGACAAACCCAGAUGGCGGGGGAGAGAGUGAGACUUAUGCAAAGUUUUCAUUAGGAACAAAGGGGGCCGACUCUAAAUGCCAUAAGGUUUUGGGGCAGAUAUGGGAUAAUUACGAGGAUGAAUUUAAAUUUGAAGUAUUUAGGUCAGGUGAAAAGGCAAAGGCAUUGCCACCAACAAAGCGAAGUUUGUUAAGUGUACUAGCUAGUCUGUUUGAUCCGCUUGGAAUAAUUAGUCCAAUAAUUGUGUAUGCAAAGAUUUUGUUUCAAGAAGUCUGUAAGGAAAAAAUUGAUUGGGAUGAGGAAUUUGCCGGGGAAACGCGUAGGAAAUGGGAAGCCUGGGUUAAAGACCUUCUAGAAGUUAAGGAGAUAGGUACACCCCGUUGUAUGUAUGCCAGUCCAGUAGAGGAGGUUUUAGAGUGUAGUUUACAUGGGUUUGGGGAUGCAAGUAAAAAAUCAUAUUGCGCUGUUGUUUAUUUUGUGUGUCAAACGAGGUUUGGGGUAUAUGUUCGGUUAUUGACCUCCAAGGCUAGAGUAGCACCCUUGAAACAAACAAGCAUACCCAGACUAGAGUUGAUGUCAGCACGACUCCUUGCACAAGUAGUGAAAUCAGUUAAGGAAGCAUUUGAAAACCAGAUUAGGAUAGAUUCUACUUAUUACUGGCUUGAUAGCAUGACAGCCCUGUACUGGAUAAAGAAUAGAGGUGAAUGGAAGCAAUUCGUAGCUCAUCGUGUGAAUGAGAUUUUAAAACUGACAAUGAAAGGAGACUGGGGACAUUGUCCGAGUAAAGAGAAUCCAGCCGAUGUAGGUUCAAGGGGUGAAUUAGGUACACAACUGGAGGGUAACCAGUUGUGGUGGUCUGGACCAAAAUGGCUUACAAAACCCAAAGAAGAAUGGCCUAAGUUUGAGAGUGCGGGGAAGAGUCAGACGGUGGUAGAGGAAGAACGCCAGGUAGCAACGAUGAUUGUACAGGCAGACAGACAAUGUAGUGUGAAAGAUGUGAUUGAUAUUAACAAAUUUAGUAGUUCAGAGAAGCUUUUUGGAGUGACAGCAUGCGUGAUGAGAUUCCUACGUAAUGCUAGCGCAGGAGUAAAGAGAGUCGAUAGGCAGUCUGGGGCUCUUUCAGUUGCCGAAAUAAUUGAAGCCGAAAAAAUUUGGAUUAAAGAAGCACAGGCAGAACUAAAAACUGAAAAGAAGUUCACCCAACUCAGUGUGAGUUUAAGGUUGAAGGAAGAGGAGGGUAUCCUUAGGAGCCAAGGUAGAUUAAAAAAUUCAGAUUUAGAAAUUGACAACUGUUUUCCAAUUAUCCUGCCAAAAGAACAUAGACUGACAGAGUUGAUUGUCCGAAAAUGCCAUCAGAAAGUGCACCAUUCGGGUGUACGUGCUACGCUGUGCAGGCUACGAACUAAAUACUGGGUAGUUAAGGGAAGGCAGCUGGUAAAACGAAUUGUGAGCCAGUGUGUAACUUGCAAAAGAUUGGAAGGAAAAGCGUAUAGCAGAGCACCACAGGCAGACUUGCCAGAAUUUAGAGUCAGACAGGCCGCGCCGUUUUCGCAAGUCGGAGUCGACUUUGCAGGUCCGCUUUUUGUCAAACAGUCCGGUAAUUGUUCUAACAAAGUGUAUAUUGCCUUGUUUUCAUGCUGCGUGACCCGUGCAAUACACUUAGAAUUAGUGUGCAACUUAUCAGCGGAUACGUUUUUAUGCUGUUUGAGAAGAUUUGCAGCUAGGAGAGGGGCACCCAGUCUUAUAGUUUCCGAUAACACUAAAACGUUCAAGGCAGCGGAGAAAGCAUUGAGGAAGAUUUGUAAUGAGCCGAAAGUCAGAUCGGAAUUAGGAGCCAAACGAAUAACAUGGAGAUUCAACUUAGAGAGAGCACCUUGGUGGGGAGGCUUCUUUGAACGGAUGGUGCGCAGUGUGAAAAGGUGUCUUAGAAAGGUGUUAGGGAAUGCAAAGUUAAACCUUGAUGAGCUGAGCACAGUGUUAGUUGAAGUUGAAGGCACAUUGAAUGCGAGACCACUAACAGAAGUAUUUGAAGAGCUGGAAGGAGAAGUGUUAACUCCUUCACACUUGAUAUAUGGUAGAGCAAUACAUUUAAUUUCACAGAAUGAGGUAGUCAUAGGAGCGAGUAGCUGUGGGGAGAGAUUUAAAUAUGUAACGUUAAAGUUGCAGCACUUUUGGAAAAGAUGGAAGGGCGAAUAUUUAACGGGACUUAGAGAGUUUCACAAGUGCACAAACGGAGGAAAGUUAAGGAAGGUCCAGAAAGGAGAUGUAGUGACGGUGUUCGGAGAAGGCGAGAAAAGAUGUACCUGGAAGUUAGCAGUAGUAGAAGAGUUAAUUGUAGGGAAGGAUAAGGAAGUUAGAGGAGCAAAGGUUAGGCUUGCAGGUAAAGGAAAACCACGCUUCUUAAACAGACCAAUUAAGAAGCUUUUCCCAUUGGAAGUUCAAUCUCGACCGGGUGGGGAAAGGGAGGAAAGGGACAUCCCUACAGCUAAGCCGGAGGGAGACCAGCAUGAACGAACAAGACGAGCGGCAGCCAUAAUUUCAAAAGCGAAAACAAAGGCGAUGCUUGAUUCAUAG